UACUCGUGCUUCGUCCUCGAGAUUAGUAUAACAUAGAUUAUAUAACACAAUGUAGUUUCGCAUAGUCACUCCACUUUUGCACUGUUGUUUAAAGAAAAAAAUAAAAAAUAAAACAUUUUGAGGGUAAGCCUGAAAAUGUUUUUCUCUCCUCUACCGCCGAUAUUUCCUAUGGCGGGCUCACUCCACUGGCGUCAUUCGCAGUUUAGUGCUCGACCACUUCGCACGUAAACCAAAAUGCCGAAACGACGUAGUGAAAGUACCGUCGAAUUUUUAUCAAAAAAAUUGAAGAAAUUGGAAAGUGAAAUUAAACAUUGUCGUCGGCCGCGUCGCCGCCGGCUACCAUCCAGUGCAUCCUCGUCGACCAGCUCGUCGCGCUCAAGCUCAUCGAGUUCAUCGCGCUCCCGCAGCGGGCCCCGCGCGCGCUCGACGUCACGGGACUCAAAGCCUUCGGAAAAACAUUACGACCGACAUGCAACAGAGCCCACGUCGCCUGCGACGCCACGAGAAACUGCCGCCGCCCAAGAACCGCCCUGCGCCNAGAUUUACGUUUGCUUAACAGAGGAUGAGAGUGGGCCAAUCUCGCCACUGCACGACAUUCCACUCUGGGCGGACCGCGCGCAGAAGAUCGUCAACAUGGUUGUAGAAGUGCCUCGCUGGAGCAACGCGAAGAUGGAAAUCAGUCUCGGGGAGCCUUUGAACCCCAUUAAACAGGACGUGAAGAAGGGCGCGCUGCGCUUCGUGAGCAACGUGUUCCCGCACCGCGGCUACAUCUGGAACUACGGCGCGCUGCCGCAGACGUGGGAGAACCCGCAGCACGUGGACCCGGGCACGCAGGCGCGCGGCGACAACGACCCCAUCGACGUCAUCGAGAUCGGCGAGCGCGUGGCGGCGCGCGGCGACGUGCUGCCCGUCAAGCUGCUGGGCACGCUGGCGCUCAUCGACGAGGGCGAGACGGACUGGAAGCUCAUCGCCGUGGACGCGCGCGACCCGGCCGCCGCGCGCCUGAACGACGUGGCCGACGUGGAGGCGCUGUUCCCCGGCCUGCUGCGCGCCAGCGUGGAGUGGUUCCGCCUCUACAAGGUGCCCGACGGCAAGCCCGUCAACCGCUUCGCCUUCGACGGCGAGGCCAAGGGCAGGGACUUCGCCUACAAAGUCGUCGAUGAGGUGCAUGAGUUCUGGCGAGGCCUGGUCUCCGGCAAGGUCGCCGACGCUACCGACAUCAACAAGACCAACGUGACGGUGGAGGGCAGCCCGGGGCGCGUGGAGCGCGCGGAGGCGGCCGCCAUCCUGGGCAAGGCGCCGCCGCGGGGCCUGCCGCAGCCCAUCCCGCAGUCAGUGGACAAAUGGCACUACUUAUCAAACUUGUAAGGGACCGUGAGGAGCCUCGCGGCGCUGGCGCCCGGCUCGCGUUCGCCUCGACUAGUUCAUAAUGUAUUUAUAUCUGAUUAAAGUUAUCGUUGUUA